AUGACGCCCAAAACGUCCUUUCUCUUCAGUGUAAACGGAAGUUAGCAAUGACCAAAAACAAUUUCUACGUUAGUUUUUUUUAUUACUGUUAUUUAGAUGUUUAUUAACACGAUGUAUCUCAAAAUAUGACUAAUUAACUUAACAGCAUCACAUACGCAUUGGAGACAGGACUUGGUUGAUGUAUGUUAUCUAGGUAUAGUUAGCUAACAAUGGAUAACUGUAUGGUUUUUCACAAUCAAAUGGCCUCCAUUAUGGAGGUGCUAGCGAAUGCAGCAGUGGCAGAGAUCUGUAAACUCGUAGACGACGACUAUGCAGUGUUUCGUUUGGAAAUAACUCAAAGCCAGAAAGAAAACAGGGGAUUGCGGAGGAAACUACAACUACUGGAAUUGAAGGUGGCACGGGAGCGCGCAGAGAGAACAUUGCGACAGCACGUCGUCGCAAGUCGUCCCAGUAGUGUCAAGAUCCUUGACCGAUACAGAGGAAUGGCAAGAGGUGAAGGACAUCUCACUGGAGGCCUUAAGAGCUUUGUGAAGCCAGCGGGACACAACGCGUGGAGAGAUGACCAACCCAUAGCUAUAGAUGAGGGGAGUGGAACCUCAACCCAGCAUGUUAUUGUGAUAGAGUCUGCAAAUGCAGAUGCUGCAGGUCCUGGGGUCAAGCAGGAGAGGAAUGAAGGAGAGGACCCUAGACACAACAGAGACGUCCAGACUGGAGCAGCGGCUGGAGUGGCACCCCCUUUAGUCACGGAGGACCUUGCCACUGCCACUGCGCCCCAGGCCAGGACCCGACGCAUCAUCACGGAGGUCAGUGGAACGCUGAACGACGUCCUCAAGUCAGAGACUUUAACUGUAACACAGAGGCUCUUAUACACAGGAUCUGACCACAGAUCAGACCCAGAGAGACUGGGGCUGGGGCCACUGGGCUGUCCUCCUGCUCCCAGCUCAGAGUACUUACCAGGAGUUCACCAGAGCCAGAGGACGGUUAAUUCCCCAGGAGAUGGUGAUGCAUUCUACACUGGCAUUGAUGAUCUGUCUUGUUCUUACUCUACAGAGAUGGACCCUGGCAACAUAUCCUUGGGUUUAGAGACACAGACUGAUCUGUCUAGAGGGGACUGGAACCGGUACAGUAGUAGUGUAUACUCUGAAGGGUGCCUAGACAAGAAAGGGGAGGUUAUAGUGGUAGAUGAGGUGACUGUGAAAGUGGAGGGCGAUGCUCCUCCUACAUGGAAUGCAGAUAAUCACCUAGGAGACGGACAGUCACAUGGCAGAGAUUUCUUAGAUUACAGGGGAAGCUUAGAGACAAAUCUAAAUGUCGACACUCACUCCCCUUUACAUGUGUUCAGGGACCGUGACCCAGUGUCCACAUCAUUGGGGCCUUUUGAUUCACAUGGCUCUGUCCUUUUCGAUCAGGUAUUGAACUCAAAAGACCAAAGUGCCAAGACGCAGGGCGGGGGAGCCACAUCGGGCAAUAAUAAAGACAAACCGUUCCCCUGCAUGUUCUGUAACAAAGGCUUCAGCUGCUCCCAGAAGGUGGAAAUCCAUCAGAGGAUCCACACAGGGGUGAAACCCUUCAGCUGUACUCAGUGUCACAUGCGCUUCGCCCAGGCUUGCAACCUGAAGAGGCACCAGAGGGUCCACACAGGGGAGAAACCCUACAGCUGCCCCCAGUGUGAGAAGAGGUUUUCCCGCCAGCACCAGCUGAAGAUGCACCUGAAGGCCCACACGGAAGAAAGGUCGUUCACCUGUACGCACUGCGGAAAGAGGUUCUCGGAGAGCUGCUACCUCAGGAUACACCAGCAGAAAAACCAUUCCAUUCUAUAACAUAGAAAGUAACCAUUCCACUUGAGAGAUUCUGACAUUUAGAUCAACCCCUGCAUUAAAGACAAUUGGUAAUUGUUUUCAACAGAAAAUACCCAUAGAUUAAUAAAACCCAUUAGGCUACAAUACCUCUUAUUCUCUGGCUGUAUACAAAAAUCUAUACGUCUUCGAAUGGGUCCAAUAAUUGCUAAUGCAGUUAAAGUGUGGAGACAGGCCAACAGACAUCUCAUGAUCUCAUUCCCUUUUCACAGCCAUUCUCCAUUAUGGACAAUAACCUAAUUUUAUCGGGCUCAAAACCCUUUGUUUUUCCUCAAUGGUCUAGUAAAAAUAUUUUCAUCCUCAGUGAUGUCUUUGACAAUUCAGGUCUUCAAACUUUUCAAGACUUCAAAGAAUCAUAUAAUCUCCCAGGGACUUAAUUUUUUUUUCUCCUUAUGCUCCGCUUGGCUUUCAAAGCCUACGGAGUACCCUGGGAUUACAUUUACAUUUACAUUUUAGUCAUUUAGCAGACGCUCUUAUCCAGAGCAACUUACAGUAGUGAAUGCAUACAUUUCUUUCCCGUACUGGUCCCUCGUGGGAAUCGAACCCACAACCCUGGCGUUGCAAACACCAUGCUCUACCAACUGAGCCACAUGGGACCACAUACAAGCUUAACAUAAUAUAACACCAUAAAGGUGAGAUUUAUGUUAACUAAAUACUGCUUGUACAGUGUAGUUAGUGGCAUAAAUAUUGGAACAGUGUGGUAAAGUUGGUAAUACUUGCUGUUUACUCAUGGAAUUUGUAUUUCAGAUCAAAAGAUGAAUAUGACAGGCAAAUAUUUAGACAGCAAACUGUUGUUUUAGGAUAUUUUCUAACCCAGAAACAACGGCUAUACAUUUGCCUCAUAUUAAUACUUUGAUCUGAAAUACCAAUUAGCCGAUUCCCUUAUUGCCACCCAUCCCCUAGUUGAGACUCUUUUGAAUACUCCCAAAUCUGUUGGGCUGGUCUCCACUCUCUACUCUAAACUUAACUCGAUCGACAAGUGUUCACCUGCGGUCACUUCCAUCUGGAACAGAGAACUAAUAGGUUUUGGAGAACAGUUGAACUGGAAGGUGAUAUGGAACAAUGUUUUCUCAUCAAAAAAAACAUCUCACCAGGUGAUUCAUUUAAAAUGUAUUCACAAAUGUUUUGAUACGCCAUAUCUCUGCUUCCAGAUAACUCUCUGGUGAUAAUCUUUGUAAACGGUUGCCCUCUUAGAUCAGUCGGGAUCUAUAUAGAUAUGUUUUGGGAAUGCCCAGUGAAUCUGUGCUUGAAAUUCACUGUUUGACUGAGGGACCUUACAGAUAAUUGUAUGUGUGGGGUACAGAAAUGGGGUAGUCAUUGAGAAAUCAUGUUAAACACCAUUAUUGCACACAGAGUGAGUCCAUGCAACUUAUUAUGUGACUUGUUAAGCCCAUUUUUACUCCUGAAGUUAUUUAGGAUUGCCAUAACAAAGGGGUUGAAUACUUAUUGACCCAAGACAUUUCAGCUUUUCAUGUUUAAUUAAGAUGUAAAAAUGUCAAAUAACAUAAUUCCACUUUGACAUUAUUGGGUAUUGUGUGUAGGAUACAAAAUCUGUGAUUAAAAAUCUAAAUUAUUAUAAAUUUUUAAUUCAGGCUGUAACAACAAAAUGUGGAAUAAGUCAAGGGGUGUGAAUACUUUCUGAAGGCUCUGUAGUAGUCGACGGAGGUUAUCCGAGGAUGAACGAUUUUUAACAAACCCACUUUCAUCAAUAAAUUAAGUUCUGUUUUGACUUUGGAAAUAGUAAUAGCUACCUGGUCUGAAAAUAGUUUGUGUUGAGAACGCUCUAAUGCAGUUAACAUUUCCAAUUCUAAUGUUUUCUUUCAUUGUGAUUUAUUCACCCAGAUGCAAAUGCAGUUACAUCAUUUUUUUUAUAAAACCUUUGAUGGCAUCCCAUAGAAUCGGGGGUCACCAAGUGAAUUUGUAUUGAUCAUUAUUCAUUCAUUUCAAAUUGAUCACAGAAUGUAGGAUAACCAGAUGGAAUUCAGUUAUUUCUAACAAUAUGCUGUUCAGGCAAUGAAAAAACGUUAGAUCAUAUGAAUUUGGAGUGUACACAUUAAUAUUUUUUUGGGGGGGGGAGUGUACACAUUAAUAAAUUGUUUCUUUCCAUUAUG